AUAAAGAAGUAACCAUGGAACAAAAUUCGUCGAUAAUGGUGGACACGUGCGAGCCUCACUGUCGCUCAACCUCAACCCAGCUGAAUGCGACCCAAUUCACUAGCUUCAUCUCGAAGAAAUCUGAUUCCGACUAAACUGAGAUGCCCCAUUCGAUCAGUGGGCUUUCUUUUUUCAUUCUAACUCUCCCAAUAUUUUUUUUUAAUUUCUGUUUUCGUUAUAUUCAAAAGUUUGGAUAUUUUUGAGGGAUUGCUGUUCUCAGCUUUUCUCAGUGGGAACACGUUAGUGGAUGGUAAUUUCGGUGAAGAUUUCUGCUCGAUUUUCUGGGUUUUCUGUGGAUUCUCAGGUUUUGUUUGGAAGCUAUUGGGUAGGACUGGUAACUUGAUAGCUUUUGGGAAAACAUAAAACUUGGUUGUAAUAAUGUCAAGACCUUGGGUUCUUGUGUGUCUGCUGUUACUGAUCGUCUUCUCCUCACAAUUUGAGUGGAGGCAACAGUAUGAGAACGAGCUUGAAGCAGGUCCAAACGCCUCACAGAGAGAACCCCUUAUCUCAGAAAGAGAGGAAGCUGUAAAAGAAAAGAUUAUCCUGUCCCAGGAGAAAAAUAUCCAGAGAUUGAACGAGCUGGUGCAAAGUCUUAGAAGACAGUUACUCCAAUGCAAGGGUGAACACGAGGCCGUGAAUAGCACGGUGAAGCCCAUGACUGAACUUCUAACAGUGUUUGACCAGCAGCCUAUGCUGGAUGAUUAGUUCCCAUGGCACUGACCACCACGGUUGCUGUUUGCAAGCUCCGUUUCUGUUCAGUAAUCUAGCUUGAUGAUGAGGUUGAGUCUGAAUCAAUAUUACAUUUUGAUAGGACUUAACUGUAGAUGUAGAACAUUAUCUCCAUGUUCAGCUCUAUACAUCAUUGAUAAAUGACAAUUAUAUAUCAAAUCUAAGCUCUAUUAUAAGUCAUUGUAGAUGCAGUUGUGAAUUUCUUCCCUAUUCUAAAUGGUGUAAUGGGGGGCUACAAGAGAAAGAACUCGAAUUUCAAACACAAUAUUUGAAAUAGUGGCAUUUGAAGUGAAUUACUGAAA